AAAAAGAAAGAAAAAAAGCAGUGGAGGCAAAUAAUUAAAGUUAGGAGAAAAAGAAUUUAAAAAGAGAGAAAGAAAGGGUGGAAUUUGUUGGUGGGAAGAAGAGGCCCGCCUUUGUUGAAUCUUCAUUUAUGAGUUCUUGUUAUUGUUUCUUAUAUAUAUAGUUUAACCUUCUCCUUUUCUUCUUCCUUUUGUUUCAAGGUGUGUUUCCCAUUUGAAGUAAUAGUUUAAAUAAAAAGUGAAGUAAGAAUUUAAGAACAAGAAAUGGGGGUUGGUUCCCGGGAUGCCAUCAAGCAGUUCCAGGCAUUCAUUGAUGAAGUUGAGGAGCCUUUGCGGACUACGUUUCAGAAUGUUCAUCAAGGAUAUGUCGACGAAACCUUAGUGCGGUUUCUAAAAGCAAGGGACUGGGAUCCUUCCAAGGCCUAUAAAAUGUUGGUUGAUUGUUUAAAUUGGAGAGUACAAAAUGAGAUUGACAAUAUAUUAUCUAAACCAAUUGUUCCUGCUGAUUUAUACAGAGCGGUGCGUGAUUCACAACUCAUAGGAUUGUCAGGUUACUCAAGAGAGGGUCUGCCUGUCUUUGCAAUUGGUGUUGGGCUUAGUACAUUUGACAGAGCAUCUGUCCAUUAUUAUGUGCAGUCACACAUUCAAAUUAAUGAAUAUCGUGACCGCGUAAUCUUGCCUUCUGCAUCAAAGAAGCGUAAGCCACCUGUUACCACUUGUAUAAAGGUUUUAGACAUGACUGGUCUGAAGUUAUCAUCCCUGAAUCAUGUUAAGCUUUUAACUAUUAUAUCAUCCAUUGAUGAUCUGAACUACCCUGAGAAGACAAAUACUUAUUACAUUGUAAAUGCUCCAUACAUAUUUUCAGCUUGUUGGAAGGUUGUGAAGCCACUUCUACAGGAGAGGACAAGAAGAAAAGUGCAGGUGUUACCAGGUUGUGGACGAGAUGAGUUGUUGAAAAUCAUGGAUUACUCAUCUUUGCCACAUUUCUGUAAAAGAGAAGGCUCUGGAUCAUCCAGACAUUCAGAGAGUGGAAGUGAAAAUUGCUAUUCCUUGGAUCAUCCCUUCCAUCAAAAGCUCUACAACUACAUCAAGCAGCAAGCCAGACUCCGUGAACCUGUUGAACCCAUCAAGCAGGGAUCGUUUCAUGUAGAUUUUCUAGAACCUCCAGAUGAGGAAGAUGAGAUUGCCAAGACUAUAGAGUCCCUGUCAGAGUUACAUGUAGAUUCUCCAGAACCUCCAGAUGAGAUUGCCAAGACUAAAGAGUCACUACCAGAGUUACGCGAAUUUAAGAAUGGCAAUGGUGUCUAACACUGUCCUUUAAGAUCUACCGUUGAGACCUCAAAAUCAGAGAUCUUUACCUGUAUAACCAAUGUAGAACGACUCCACAUCAGAAUUACUUCUAUCAGGAUUCGACAGAAUUAGUUAGCAUUGUUUAUGUAUGUUACUAAGAAAUUAAGGGCUAGUCAACUUAAUGCAAAGGCCAGCUUUACAUCGGGUCACCAUGCAAGAGAUCAAUGUCAAAUCAAAUAGUAUAAUAUUUUAUCCCCGUGUUUCUUGAUUUUUUGGUCAUCAUUUUUCUUAAUUUUCUUUCUCAGCUCAAAUAUAAGAUAUUAAUUUAUGUAAAAAAACAUUGUACUUGGAAAUAUGAGUAAUGAUACACGUACAAUAAAAAUUAUA